UGGACUGUUGUGUUUCUAUUUGUGAUUUCAACUAAAUGGGCAUAGAUUUCAUAAAUUGAUGGUGAAAAUGCGUCCCGACCAACACAAGAAGAAGAAAAGUGCAGAGUAUAGAAGAAAACAGCAAAUCUCUUCAACAAAUAAAAGAGAACAGACAGUGGUUUCAAACGAAUUAGUUCCUGCUCCUGGAACGAGCGAGGGUGAUAGUGAUACAGAGAAUAAGAGAGGAUUCUCACGGCGAAAGAUAGAAAGCAAUUGGCGAAGAUAUGAAGAAAUUGAUGAUGAAGAGCUGCAUGACACUUCAGAUUACCCAGAUGGUGCUUCCAGGAAAAUAGGAGAAGACUUCCAAACUCUUCAUGAAAAAGCAACAAGUCAAGGAUCUCAUUUUCAAUUCAAAAGUGAAAAGGAUUGGGAAAAUAUAAACACAGAAGCAAAUCAAUCGUUUCUAUCUAUUAAUUGUGAUGCUUUGGUGGAAUCUUUGAAAAAAAUUCCACUUGGGAAACGUCUAGACAUUGAAGAGAAAUAUUGCACAAUUUUAAAGGAAGACAAUUUUUUUAAACCUUCGACAAGCUAUUCAGAGAAGUCACCUAGUCUCCACUUCCAUAUUGACAAGACAAGAAAUGAUUACAUAGAACUGUCAAAAAAUAAUGAAUCGUCCAACAAAAUAAGCUUCAAUAUUUUGAACAAAACUAAAUUAGUUUCUAGUCCCGAGGAAGAUGUGAGAAAACAAACUGUUCAUGAGGUCAAGCAACAGGUUUUCCCAGAAACUAGCCAAUUAAAUAAACAAGAAUAUUUGAAGCAAUUUGAAAGAAAUGAUUUACUUGUAAAUGAAGAAAAGCAGACAAAAAUGAAAGAAGAAAAUAUGAGUACAACAUGUGAUAUUCCCAAAGAAUCAAAAACUUCUAGUGACACAAAGGAUGAGAUGGAAGAUUGGCUUGAUUCAAUACUAGAUUAAAUAUUUGUUUUUGGA